GCUUUGGUGUGAUAUUCUUUUGGGGAUUUUUAAGAUUUGGAAGUGUUUUACAAUUUAGCAUUUUCCCUUCAGGUUCUCUCCUAAUGACCCCCAAUUGGCUGUAUUUGGCAGAUUCACAUCAGAACACUGAUUGAAUAAUAUUGAAUCUUCAGGAAUAAUACCUAUAUGAUUAAUUGUCAGAAUACGUGUGCUGGUUCUGGAUAGGGCAAAGCUGACUAUUAAUAUUGUACAACCUAUAAUCACGGUUUUUUUUUUCUUUUUCUUUUUCUUUUUUAUGUUCAACACUCUUUUCCUUGUGCAGAAAUUUACUGUUAGAACUUGGCCGUACAAUAACACUGAAACAUCCCUCGACUGAAAGCCUAAACUGUUCCCAAUUAGUAAGAAAAUUCGGUUCGGCCGAGACGGUGUACUUGGAAUUUUGUAGUCCUAACUUCUAAUGGUUACCAAUUGCGUAUUCAUCCUCACAUUCAAAGGUCUCAAGUUCUAAUUUUCCUUUCCACAAUCCCGUUAACUAUCACUAUCUACUUGGGUAAAGCCCCCACCAAUUGCAAUCCGCUGGUUGCACUAUCUGCUGACAACCAUGCAUGCGUCUUCUAAGUUGUAACCCUUGCGAUCCCCACGGGUGCCCAAACCAUUUUAGUGGUGACUGUUUAAAGCCCAAUUUGCUAAACCAAUUAAGAAUUUUAGCCCGGUAGUCUAAAAUGUCGACUGAUGGAGAUAUGUCCAAUCAAACGGUAUCUGGCACCUUCUGGACUCAUGAGAGGAGAUAAAUUUCACAAAUUUCAAUGCAAUGAAAACCACCAAUCUAGUUGCCUGAGAUGCACAAGUACUCAACCACCGCCAUUGAUCAGUCCCUUAGAUCAAUACAUAUUUCCCCUAUUGCUUUGCCCCCAUUUUCUACCUAUCCGAAAGAUCCAAACACCCACCUAGAAAUUCAGAGCAGGAAAUAAUGGGUUCUUUAUCUCGUACAAACCCCACAUCUCCGUUGACAGUGUUUCCCUUACUCAUCAUUCUCUCAUCCUUUGCCUACUGCGACGUUGGCAAGCCAUCAGCCUAUGAAGUACUUCAACAAUAUGGCUUCCCAAUUGGUAUUCUUCCCAUUGGAGUAACAGGCUACGAGUUGAACACAGAAACUGGCCAGUUCUCGGCCUAUUUGAACGGAACUUGCAGCUUCUCUGUUGAAGAUUCAUAUCAGCUCGAGUACAAGUCCACCAUAACUGGUGUUUUGUCCAAAGACAGGCUCAAACAUUUGAAGGGCGUCAGUGUCAAGGUGCUCUUCUUCUGGCUCAGCAUUGUCGAAGUGGUUCAUGACGGCGACGAGCUGCAGUUCUCUGUGGGGAUUGCUUCGGCAAAUUUUCCAGUCAGCAACUUCGAGGAGCGUCCUCAGUGUGGGUGUGGAUUGGAUUGUAACCAGUUUAGCACUGUCCUGCCUGCAUAUCCUGACAGUACUUACUGAGUGCAAAGACUGUUUUGCUGAUAGAGCUACGUUUCUGUAUAUUGCUAUGUAAUGCAGUAUGUCACUUGUGUUUUACAUGCAAGGACUAUUGAUUGUCUAAUUGCAGCAUGUUUCAUUUAGUUAUAUCUAAUUUUUGAUUUUGUUCCCCAAAGAAUUAGAUGACAAUAGAUUUAGCAAUAGCCAACGGCUACUGUUGCCAUUAGGUACAAACAGUAACCUAACAGUCAAGGCUUCAGCCAACCAAGAAGUUCUGCUUCUACCUAGCACAGAGAAACAGAUUUGCAUUUCCAACCAAAACCCAUCUCUCUAAUGGCAACACUAGGCCUAAUACUCUUCUUUCUGGUCUCUUUCUCAAUCUCAACCCCAUCUGCUUCUGUCAAGGACGAGCUGACCGCUUACGAAGCUCUCGAAGAGUAUGACUUCCCAGUAGGCAUUCUUCCCAAAGGCGUACUAAGCUACGAGCUAGACAAUUCCACAGGCAAAUUCUCAGUCUAUUUGAAUGGCUCUUGUACCUUUUCAAUAGAUUCAUAUCAGCUGAAGUACAAGUCCACCAUAACGGGAGUGAUAACCAAAGACAAGAUCUCGAGCUUGAGUGGUAUCACGGUCAAGGUGCUGUUCCUGUGGUUGAGCAUUGUCACAGUGGUUCGAGACGACGAUGAGAUCCAGUUCUCUGUUGGGAUCGCCUCCGCGGACUUUGCCGUCAGUAAUUUCGUGGAGAGUCCGACGUGUGGUUGUGGAUUUGAUUGUGUCAAUGUGGAUGGAAGGAAGAUCAAGUUUGAUGAUCAGUCACUAGUGUCCUCUGCUUAAGUCAGUUUUCAAAAUUAUGUUCGAACCGAGUGUAAUUUGAGAUUCAGUGUAGCAUUGUAACAGAUUUUCACGAGUGAAAUGGGUUUGUUUAAUUCA